GGUCGAAGGGUCUCGAUUGACUUUGGCUGUAGCACGGCUUUGGAUAGCCACUACUGACAGCCUCAGCCCCAUCUGCGUCAGAGGAUUCUCAACCUCAUGCCUCCGAAACGGCGUCUGCAUCUUUCCUUGACGCCGAGCCUGGCCAUAUUGGGUACCAACAGUCCAAGCAAAGGCCCUCGGGCUUUGUAUCAAAGGCUUGAGCAUUUGCUUGCAUACCUAUUGCACAUUUCAUCAACGAGACCUCUCUUCUCUCUCCCAUCUCUCCCAAGUCUCUCGUCCUCUCCACGACCAAGCCAACCACUCCCAAGAUGCCCAAACGAACACUCUUCACCAACAUCACCCCGUUACCUCCACAGGUCUCACGAGAUGUUGCAGUGGCAAUGCUGCAUAAUCAUGACGAAAUGAUUGAGCUGAACCCUUUGGUUAUCGAACACCACCCGAUCAAGACCCCGCGUGACGCACCAGCGGAUGAGUUUCUGGACUGUGCAUGGCAAGAAUUGACGGACAAAAUCCACUAUUUACCAGGAGGAGUAGUCAAGGGCAAAGUCAGCUACAAGGCGUGUUUUCACGACACUCCGACGGGUCUGCAGACACACAUAUACGCCCCGCUGGGGCUCGACAUCCGAGAGAAAUGGUCCAUCGGUGGAUCGCUGCCCGGAGAGCCCCCCGAAGCACGGGAACUGGGGGUAGACACACCACGGCAGGGACUGUACCUACGGGAAGACGCUGACAUGCACUGUAACCGGAUGUUGACAUCGUUUGUGCGCAAGAACCUCGAUAAUGCCCACAAGGUACUGGUCGAGCGGAUCCUGAAGAAAGCUGAAUUGAUAGAGGAGCACGUCCAGAGCCAGUCCGCCUACCGUCCCUCCAGCCCAUACACACAGACCGCCAAAUUCCAACCAGGCUCGCACAUGGCCAAGUCACAGUUUCUCCAUCAGUCAUACCAACGCCCACUCUCACCGCAGAUGCUCUCUCCGCAGCAGGAUCUAGGUUGGCAGAACAUGGCCAACCACCCGGCCUUCAGGACCGACAAUCAAAACGCCGCCAUGAUGAACAAUUUCAACCCACCCAUGAAUCUGCAACCCAACCCAAAUGCAAAUCCCCAUCAACAACCAUAUGUCGGCUCUUACGCCCGGCUGAAACAGCAACAAAUGGAGCGAGAACAAAUGAUGUCACCGUACUCGCAGCAGGUGUUCCAAUAUCAGCAGCAACACCAACAGCAACACCAACAGCCUUCGAACGGACCCAAACAAUUCAUUGCCGAGUUGCCCGGGUCAACUUACCAUCCGACACUGACCCAGAUUCCCACACCACCCCCCUCCGACUUUCGUAUGAGUAUGGUGUCUGAACUGUCUGGUUCGUCAUCACAACAAACUCCACGAGUGUCGCCGAAUCCGCAGGCAUAUUCGGACCGGUCGAGUGUUAUCUCUGAGCUGCCUUUACAACAGCAACAGCAAAUUAUCUACCAGCAGGGAAACUCAAGAUGAGAUGAAAUUGAAAUUGCAACGGUGAGCAUAGCGCAGAAUGAAAAUGUCGUGAUAUAUUGGUUCUGGACGAGAUCAUGAUGAUACCUAAAGAUGUAUGGAAAUGGGAAUGUAUACUACUACUAAUUAUUACGAUGAUGAAUGAUACUCUGAACUCCGUGUACAG